GCACUGUGGGAUGGAAACCGGAGCGGCGCGUCCUGGCGGGACCGGGCGGCGGCGGCGGGGCCGGCGGCGGCCAGGGACCCGGGCUUAGGCUCGGCCGGGCCGGCUGAGGACGCAGGCGGCCAGCGGGCGGCAGGCGCCGUCAUGAACGCGGCGGUGGUGAGGCGGACGCAGGAGGCGCUGGGGAAGGUGAUACGGAGGCCGCCGCUGACAGAGAAGCUGCUGAGCAAGCCCCCGUUCCGCUACCUGCACGACAUCAUCACAGAGGUGAUUAGAAUGACUGGUUUCAUGAAGGGCCUCUACACAGACGCCGAGAUGAAGUCUGAUAAUGUGAAGGAUAAAGAUGCAAAAAUUAGCUUCCUACAAAAGGCCAUAGACGUGGUUGUAAUGGUGUCGGGAGAGCCACUGUCAGCCAAACCAGCCCGAAUUGUGGCCGGGCAUGAGCCUGAAAGAACAAAUGAGCUGCUCCAGAUAAUUGGAAAAUGCUGUCUCAACAAGCUCUCCAGUGACGAUGCGGUACGGAGGGUUUUAGCUGGAGAGAAGGGAGAAGUGAAAGGCCGGGCCUCACUGACCUCAAGAUCUCAGGAGUUGGAUAAUAAGAAUGUGCGAGAAGAGGAGUCCAGAGUUCACAAAAAUACAGAGGAUAGAGGAGACGCUGAAAUAAAAGAGAGAAGUACAAGCAGAGAUCGAAAACAGAAAGAAGAAUUGAAAGAAGACAGCAAGCCAAGAGAAAAGGACAAGGACAAGGGGAAGGCCAAGGAGAAUGGCGGAAACAGACACAGAGAAGGGGAGAGAGAGAGAGCCAAAGCCCGGGCCAGGCCAGACAGCGAGCGACAGAAAGACAGAGGCAACAGGGAGCGGGACAGAGACUCCGAGCGUGAGAAGGAGACAGAGAGAAAGAGUGAGGGGGGAAAAGAGAAGGAGAGACUGAGAGACAGGGACCGAGAGCGUGACCGAGACAAAGGGAAGGACAGGGACAGACGGAGAGUGAAAAACGGGGAGCACUCCCGGGACCUGGACAGGGAGAAGAACAGAGAGCAUGACAAACCCGAGAAAAAGUCAGCAAGCUCAGGGGAGAUGUCUAAAAAGUUGUCAGAUGGAACUUUUAAAGACUCCAAGGCUGAAACAGAGACUGAGAUUUCCACUAGAGCAUCCAAGUCAUUGACAACAAAAACAUCAAAACGGCGAUCCAAAAAUUCAGUGGAAGGAACAAAAGAAGCUAAUAUUAAGUCAACUAGUAUUUCAGAUGAUAAUUCAGCUUGUCUGCGGUGUGAGAAUACUGAGCCCGACCCCGCAGAGAAGCAGAAAGGUGACUCCGCCAGUGAUGCAGAAGGAGACGUUGGACCUGCUGGCCAAGAUAAGUCUGACGUGCCAGAGACUCCAGAAAUUCCUAAUGAGCUUUCAUCCCACAUCAGAAGAAUUCCUCGGCCUGGGAGUGCAAGACCAGCCCCUCCCCGGGUCAAACGGCAAGACAGUGCAGAGGCGUUACCAACAGAUAGAUCAGGGAGUGGUAAAACUGUCUCAAAUGUGAUUGUAGAGUCGCACAAUUCUGACAAUGAAGAGGAUGAUCAAUUUGUGGUGGAAGCUGCCCCUCAGCUCUCUGAAAUGUCAGAAAUUGAAAUGGUAACAGCAGUGGAACUAGAAGAAGAGGAGAAGCAUGGUGGACUUGUGAAAAAAAUUUUGGAGACGAAGAAAGAUUAUGAGAAAUUGCAGCAGUCAUCCAAACCUGGGGAGAAGGAGCGAUCUCUCUUUGAGUCGGCGUGGAAGAAGGAGAAGGACAUCGUUUCCAAGGAGAUAGAGAAGCUCCGCACGUCCAUCCAGACCCUGUGCAAGAGUGCACUUCCCCUGGGGAAGAUCAUGGACUACAUCCAGGAAGACGUGGAUGCCAUGCAGAAUGAGCUGCAGCUGUGGCACAGCGAGAACAGGCAGCACGCCGAGGCCCUGCAGCAGGAGCAGAGGUUGGGGGUAGCAGGGGGGUAG